AUGGCCUAUCAUCGAGGAAUGAAGCGAAAGUUCGACAGAAUAUCAGGGUUAACUUCAGUUGUGGAUAAGUAUCGCGGACUAGAUCAAUCCGGAAUGGUUCAGGUUUGUUAUAUCUGGAUUGAUGGAACUGGUGAACAUCUCAGAUCUAAAACGAAAACACUAGACUUCGAACCACGUACUCCAGACGAAAUUCCUAUUUGGAACUUUGAUGGAACGUCUACGGGUCAGGCGGUUGGUGAUAUAUCGGACAUUUUUUUGAAGCCUGUGGCUAUCUUCCGUGAUCCAUUUCGCCCGGGGCCAAAUAAACUUGUUCUUUGUGAAACAUUGGACAGUGAGUACCAGGCUACUCCCACCAAUAAUAGGAGGGAAUGUCUUCAAGUAAUGGAGAAAGCAGCUGAUCAGAAGCCUUGGUUUGGAAUGGAGCAGGAGUACACUUUACUCGAUAUUGACCGGCAUCCUUAUGGAUGGCCUAAACAUGGCUACCCUGCCCCUCAGGGUCCCUACUAUUGUGGGGUUGGUGCAGAUAAAGUUUAUGGGAGAGAACUAGUAGAAGCUCAUUUCCGAGCAUGUAUGUAUGCCGGAAUAAAGAUUAGUGGAAUAAAUGCCGAAACUAUGCCAGCGCAGUGGGAGUAUCAAGUCGGCCCUUGUUUAGGAAUCCAAAUGGGAGAUCAACUCUGGGUCGCCAGAUAUAUCAUGCACAGGAUAUGUGAAGACUUUGGAGUAAUUUGCUCUCUGGAUCCUAAACCCAUUCUUGGAGAUUGGAAUGGGGCUGGAUGUCAUUGUAACUUCUCUACCGAAAAGAUGAGAGAUCCAAGUGGCUACAAAUAUAUCGAAGAAGCUAUUCAAAGAUUGUCCGACGUUCAUCUUGAGCACAUUGCCUAUUACGAUCCUCACGGAGGGAGAGACAACGAGCGCCGACUCACAGGCGCGCAUGAGACUGAAAACAUUGAUGCCUUUUCCUCUGGAGUUGCCAACCGGCAAUGUUCGAUUCGUAUACCAAAGCAGGUUUACGAUAAUAAAUGUGGCUACCUUGAGGAUAGAAGGCCUUCUUCCAAUUGUGAUCCUUAUACUGUUACUGCCGCGCUCGUCAAAACUUGUUGUCUCUCAGGAGCAGAUCGAAAACUGUCUAUGACUUAUGUACCAAAUUUCUGA